GCCAGCUGAAGAACUUGGUGUAAGGAGCCGGCCGGGCCAGUUAGUGUCCAACGCUCGUACGAGAAGGAACGGAGAGGAUUCGCGGGAGUCCACAGCGUCUCGCCACAGCCCAGCACCACGAGAGAAAGCCCGGGAAGCAGUAACAGCUCCACCGCCGCCAUGUGCUCGCUGGCCGCCAUGCCCGAGGUGCUGGUGUCGCACAGCCCGCCGGACUACUUCUACCGCAGCCGCUACACGCCGCCCCCGCCGCCCAAGUCCGCCCCCACCAGGCCCUGCCUCGCCUCUCCGCCGCCCAGAGCCGCCAAGAAGAAGGUCGUCUUCGCCGAUGACAAGGGCUACUCGCUCACACAGGUGCGAGUGAUGCGCGAACCGUCAAAUGCGCCGCCCACGUGGAGCAUGCAGUUCCUCGCGCAGGUGAUGCGCGACCUGGAGCCCGCCGCCGUAGCAGCCGCCGCCAACGAGGCGGCCUCCGUCACAAGCGCCGCUUCUUCGCCCGCCGCCGUCACCGCCUCCGAACCCGAGCGUUGGGUGCCGGAGUUCGCGCAGCCCGCCUCAGACUACCUGCAGUUCCGCGAGCGGCUCGACUCGGGCAACGUCUCCUUGGAGAAUGUGAUCGUGCGCGACGCCGAGGGCGUCUUCACGGGCACAGUCAAGGUGCGCAACCUCGACUUCCACAAGGAGGUGAAGCUGCGCUGGACGGCGGACGGCUGGAAGACGUACACGGACGAGCCGUGCUCCUACGUGGAGAACCAGGUGGCGUGCUCCUCAGCCUACGUGCUCUACGACACCUUCUCCUUCCGCGUCUCUCUCCCACCUGCGAAUCCGCGAGACGAAUCCUCCGCUACAUCUUCCUCCUCCUCCUCCUCCUCCUCCUCCUCCUCCUCCUCCUCCUCUUCCUCUUCGUCGUCCACCUCGUCUCCCGCCUCUGCGACGCCAGCUUCAUCGUCCGAUUCUUCCUCCGCAUCAUCUUCCUCUCCUGGCUCCACCACUUGUUCCUCCGCAUCCUCUUCUUCCACUGCCUCUAACGCUUCUUCCUCUGCACCCUCUUCUUCCCCUGCGCCCAUGACAUCCUGUUCUUCCAGCGCUAGUGACAGUAAAGCAACAACCACCAUCACCGCCGAGCCAGCUCGACCACAAGAGCCUUCGCGGCGAGUGGAGUUCUGCGUGUGUUUCCGCUGCGGCGGCCACGAGUACUGGGACAGCAACGGCGGAGCCAACUACGCGUUGGUGCGGCGGGCGCCCGGCGUCGCGACGCCCGCCCCCGCAGCCGCCCCCGCGGCGGUGGCGGCAACGUCGGUCCCCGCCGGCGCCGGGCCUGGGCCUGCCCAGGGCGCCGGUAAGUUCAGAGACGCCCUUCACGCUAAGCUCGACUCGUGGUCAGAGUUUGCCAGCUGGAACCACCUGGUUACCGAAGGGCCUUACUGGUGAAGCGACAGCCGCGCUCGAUCGUCAGAAGACCGGAGACCAGCUCACGUUGUGCGCUCUCGUUGGGACUCGGGCUAAAACUGCUGUCGGUUCACCCGUCGCAAAACUGAUUGAUGUACUGGGAAGCGUUGCUUGGACAACUGGAUGGUGUCGUCUGCGAGACGACUGAAAGAGGACCGCCUGAGCAGCAUUCUGGCAACACUACGAGCAAGCCGCCGUUGCAGACGUCCAAUGGCCAGUCUGCUGCAGAGUCCCACACCGCAAGACUGCCAACCAUAGUCCACCAGCUGCCAAGCCAGCCGACCAGAGUAGCCGCAGACCACACUGCAGUUGGGAACUUCGUCAAAUGCGCCACCUGCUAACGGAAAUUCGCAGUGGCAGCAUUGUUGAACAACCACGAGAAAGUUGCAGUGUUGGCGCGAGUGAGCUGUGAGAAGUGACAAAGAUUAUACGAAACCGCGUUGUUGCUGUCCUCUGUUUACAGUGUCAUAUUUAUUCGCUUUCGUUGUACCGUUGUCAGCGUGAUUCGUUCUGUGACCGGAUCGCUUUAUUUUUUAUUAUUUUUAAGCAGUCGAUUACUGUAUCGUCCUGAGAGCAGUGGUAUGCGAGAGAACGUUUGGCUAAAGUGGUUGCAGUGUGUGAUUGAGGCUGUAAAUAAGACAAUUGAGAACAGAAAGACUGAUCGAUUUUUUUUCGCCCGCGAAAUGAGUUUGUUUCGAAACUCUCGGCUGCUUCCGAGCUGUUGUAAAUAUUUCCACGUCGAGAGAGAAGACAAUGUGAAAUGCUAUUUGCAUUAAUUGUACAUAGUGCUCAACAACUACGUGGAUGUUGUACGAAUUCAUGAAGAGCUGUAUACUAUUGUAUUGCUUUCAUUUUUUACUGACCUGAUAUGUAUAGCAAUCCCUUGAUAUCAAGUCAUACAUAAUGAAUAACAUUAUUUUCGUAAUUCACAGAAGCAUAUUUGCGUGUUCAUGGAUUGUUGUCUAACGUUUUAUGUACAUCUUUCAAUGAAAGAAAAUAGUUUUAGAAGCUAUUAUGGAAUUUUUCAUAUUGAAUAUAUAGCCUUCACAAACCAUCUUUGAGGGUAAUUUCUGUAUUUUGUAGAAUGAUUUACUGCUCUGCCAGAAAAUAUUGUCUGAGAGAAAACAUGUUCAAUAUUUAAUUUCUGAUAUUUUUCCCUUCAGCUAGCAGCUUAGUUGCUUCCACAUGGUAACGGGUAACAAUGGCUAACAUGUCCAAUAACAGUGAAAAUUAUUCACAUUUCUGUAGCAGCAUCUUAGUUGUGUUGCUUGUACUGUCUGUCAUCUAUUCUGGCCUUUAUACAGCAAUGUUACCUUGUCAAAAGAUUUACAAUAAGCAAAACCAUUUUAAAGGAAUCUAUACAUAGUCAUAGCUUUGAACCUGGAAGCUACAUUGUUAAACAUGACUGAAAUUGUCAGUGUAAAAAGAUGUGGUCAAUGUAUAAGUCAUCAGGAGUAAAUGUUUGGUUUUUAUGAUUGUAUUUAAUGUGAAUCUGUGUUGUAUGUGUCUCUGAGAGGAGCAGGUGGUACAUGAUCACAUCAAGUUUUAGUAAGUCAUUAACAUUUGAGACUGAUUACAGAGCAUAAUAAUUAUUGUUCCUGAAUUAAGAA